GUAGUAAAAGCUGGAAUGGAUCAAAUGUGCUGUGCAGCUGGAGUCUUGCUCCCAUCCCUACAAUGGUGAAGUUUCUCCUGAGUGAUGCUCACAGGGCUAACCUCGCCCCCCUCUCUCUCUUCUAUCCCCAGGUUCCUAUGGGAUGACUAUACUGUUUCUGUGAGGAUCAACGACUAUCUGGACAUCAUCUGCCCCCACUACGAGGAGGGGGCGGGCCCCUCCCGCACGGCCGAGCGCUACAUUCUGUACAUGGUGGAGCUCCAGGACUACCUGACCUGCAAACCCCAGUCCAAGGAGCAGCUGCGCUGGGAGUGCGACCGCCCGCACGCCCCCCACGGGCCGGAGAGAUUCUCGGAGAAGUUCCAGAGGUUCACCCCCUUCACCCUGGGCAAGGAGUUCAAAGAGGGGGAUACCUACUACUACAUCUCUAAACCGAUUCACCAUCACGGGGAACAGUGUUUGAGGCUCAAAGUCAACGUGAUCGGACCAGCUGCUCCCCAACAGCCCAGGAUUGGAGUUGUGCACACUACCAAAGCCAAACUACCAGCAGACGACCCAGCAGUCAGUCUCCCAGAUGUUUUGAGGAGCGUUGCAAACAAUUGCAACCUUCCCCUCGCCUCCAUCUCCUUCCUGCUGACACUGCUGCCCUCCCUAGCCCUGCUGCUACUGCUUUAGGACUACAACUCCCCAGGACUACAAGUACGGUGGCAGUCGAGGGCCACACCCUCCUACAGACACUGUGAAAGUGCCACUAACCUCCCAGUGCUGGACACUGCAAGAGGAGGAAAUGGACCAGAAGGAAAGACCAGGAGAUGGUGUGUGAAGACUUGUCACAAAAUCCACCCUCGCUUCUGCCCAUGCUUGGUUUACUGGACUGUUCCCAGCGUCUGCUGCUUCCUUUUUUUAGACUGCGUCCGUGAUUCUUCAAGCAAACGCUUUCUACGUUCGGUUUUUCUCUCCAUCCCCCCCUCUUCCUUUGGCGCUCGGAACCAAAGGUCGACAACACAGCUGCUUGGAAGAAGGACGCCUCGCUUAAUAUUGCGAUCACAGAUUUGAACAUUACAAUCGAACACAGUGAAGGAUUAAAGGCAAAGCUUUUUAAAAUCCCACAGGCGGAGGUGAAUCUCUAUAGGAGAGAAAAGACUGCAAGAGAAAUUAAUAAUUAUAUAAUGGAGAAACUGCAGUAAAUUAAUUUGAAUCUGCAGAGGGGGAAGAGAGACAAUCCUGACCUUUCCUCCCUAGUUUUGCUCAACACUGACCCCUGUCUGCCGAGCGUGGACUUGCUGGCCAAGACGCGCAAAGCACCAGGAAUCCUGUUUCAAGCAGAGACUCUGAGACUGGCCCGCGCAGGGAGGGGUUCGAGUUUGGUUUUUGGCGGGGGGGGGGCUCUGAAUCAACAGGGUUUUUUGCGUUUUUCCUGUAUUGUACAAAUGUGUAAAUAGCAGAUCAUCUGAUAAUUCAAUCUGGAAAGGAAAUAUAGCGUAUGUAGCAAUCCUUGUAAUCCUGAAACGGGUUCAAACAGAAUCUGAUUUGAAUGAACUGAGCACACUUCAGCCUCAUCUUUUGAGUCUGCAGGUUGACUGUCAGGAGCUCUUCAUGCAGCUGUAAGGGGAGGAGCAACAUGUUCAACAGGGGCUGCUGAAACUCCUGGCUCCUGAUCAUUUCAAUACUAGACUUCACUGAGGGGAGCUCUGAACCCCAGGACUGGGUGCAGCAGCA